AUCUCAUUUCAACUCGGAGCAUUCACAUCUCUCCGAUCAAGUCAGACGGACUUUUCCCAACAGCGACGCCAUUGGAUUUACAGUCUCCAGACUGUUUGUUUCAAUGAUUGGAUGAAUAUAUGCCCCUGCUGCUCUUGCUUAUCCUCUUGCUUGGCCUCGGUGCCUAAUGGCGAACGCCCCUACGAUUAAGUAGGUAGGUUGCCUAAACACACCGCGAUACAAGCUGCCCCCAGACAGCAUGACGAGAAAACAUCUCACGGGACUCAGUCAUAUCAACUUGACUCUCAGGAGGCUAUCUACAUCCUCAAGCCUAAAACCAACUACCCUUCGCCGUCCAAUCUCCUUCAAAGCCAUGGCCCCCCACAACGACGUCGCCGCAUUCCACGAGGCACUGGCUUCAAGCAAGCGUAUCCUCGCUCUCUGCGGCGCCGGCCUCUCCGCCUCCUCCGGCCUGCCGACCUUCCGCGGCGCCGGAGGACUCUGGCGAAACCACGACGCUACGGACCUAGCGACUAUGAAAGCCUUCCGCCGGGACCCGGGCCUGGUGUGGCUGUUCUACGCGUACCGGCGACACAUGGCUGUAUCAGCGAAGCCGAACAAGGCGCACUAUGCCCUCGCCGCGCUGGCGGAGAAGAAUCCGGAUUUCUUAUGCCUGACGCAGAAUGUUGACGGCCUCUCGCCACGGGCAGGACAUAAGGAGGACCAACUCCGCCUCCUCCACGGAAGCCUUUUUGAUAUCAAAUGCGCCAACCCGCAAUGCACCUACAUCGACCACAAUAACACCCAAGACCCCCUCUGCCCAGCCCUUGCCCCGGCCUCUGAAGACCUCGCAGACCCAACAAAGACUCUGCCACUCCUCGACCCCACCAAAAAGCUCCCCGCGAUCGACGAAGCAGACCUGCCCCACUGCCCAUCCUGCAAGACGGGCCUGCUGAGGCCCGGCGUCGUCUGGUUCGGCGAGGCCCUUGACGAGGCCAUGCUCGACGGCGUCGACGCCUGGAUCGAGCAAGGGAAAGUCGACCUCAUGAUCGUCGUCGGCACGUCGGCGCAGGUGUGGCCGGCCGCGGGGUACAUUCUCAAGGCGCACGCGGCCGGGGCGCGGGUGUGUACCGUCAACCCCGAGGCCGAAGACGAGGGCCAGAUGGGCAAGGUGAAGAAGGGGGACUUUGCGUUCGGGAGGGACGCGGCCGAGGUAUUGCCUUUGCUGUUGGAGCCUGUUAUUGGGAAGAUUAGGGCGGAUGGGCGGAUGUAUACGGAGGAUUGGAAAGCCGAGUAGGAAAGACAUGAAUACGGCUUUCGCUUGUUUAUUGUACUGGUUGUAGAGGAUGGAUCUAAUGACGAAACGUUGCUAGGGUUAAUAGUUCGGUUGAGCGUUCUUUGGUCUUACAUGCCAUCUGCUAACCCACUCUUUGAGCCAUUCCAGUAAAAGGGAGACUACGCC